UGGAGGCGCCUGUCGUCUUCGCCGGUACAACCAUAACGCCGCCCGCCCUAAAACGCCCGAGACGGGAAACGGUGGACUCAUCCCCGCCACCCGCUCGCAUUGCAUCAACAACCGGUAAUCCCGGAUCUUCGGCCGAAAUACAAUCCUGCAUUAUGGAGGCACCAUUAUCACAGAGCAUGGAUUCGGUCAAUACCGUGGCUAAUGGAGAGGACGAGGUACGCACCUUGUUCGUGAGUGGCUUGCCGAUGGACGCCAAACCGAGGGAGCUCUAUCUACUUUUCAGAGCGUACGAGGGGUACGAGAAUUCACUGCUCAAAGUGACGAGUAAAAAUGGGAAGACGGCGUCGCCGGUGGGUUUUGUAACGUUUCACACAAGAGCAGGAGCCGAGGCAGCGAAACAAGACUUACAGCAGGGGGUUAAAUUCGAUCCUGAUAUGCCACAAACCAUACGUUUGGAAUUUGCAAAAAGUAACACAAAGGUUAGCAAACCCAAGCAACCAGCCGCUGCAGCAGCCACCUCGCACCCCGCUCUGAUGCACCCUCUAACCGGACACUUAGGAAGCCCCUUCUUCCCAGGUGGACCCGAACUGUGGCACCAUCCACUGGCAUACUCAGCAGCGGGCGAAUUACCCGGAACACUUCAGCAUGCGACACUCGUGCAUCCUGCGUUACAUCCACAGGUCCCCGCUCCAAUGUCUCUGCCGCAUCCAACAACCCUGACGUCAAUCCACGCAUCGUUACCCCACUUUCUACCAUCUCCAGCAUUAGCAUCACCAGUUGGUUCAUCAUCGUCUCAACCAAGUAUUGCUGUUAGUAAUGCUCCAUGCUCCACUCUCUUUGUUGCUAAUCUCGGACAAUUUGUGUCUGAGCACGAACUCACCGAGAUCUUCAACAGUUUUACUGGUUUCUGUCGGCUUCGUAUGCACACGAAGGGAGGCUCACCCGUUGCCUUCAUCGAAUUCCAAGACGUUCGCUACGCGGCCCAAGCAAUGGCCGCCCUGCAAGGAUCCCUACUCCUCUCCUCCGAUCGUGGACCGAUAAGAAUUGAAUAUGCAAAGUCUAAAAUGGCCGAGGUGGGCUUUACAAAUCUCUGGAUCGAAGGAUCAAAGGGAGAAAAAAACGGGCAACCUUAAGAUCGACAUAAAUGGCAUGUGAAAACGAUGCCGUCAGGAAGACGUGACUCCUCGAUCAGCCAGCAAAUACAAAUGUGCAAUUCACAAUUGUCCGCUCGGAGUUCCGGCAAAAUUCAACAUUUCAUAGACCUUCUUUUUCCAUUUCAACAAGAUUAGAGUAAACGUACGGGAGAAGAGGACGAGACGGAAGCAGGCAUUCUGCAAGAGCACUGUGCGGCGCUGGUUUCGGUGAAAAUCUGAGUAAAAUUACACUAGGAAAAAAAUUCAGCACCUCUGGGAGGAUUCUCCCCUGAAUUUCAUUAGGAAAAAUUUACGUUGAUAUGAAAAUUAUUGAAAGUAUUUACAAAGCGCGAUUAAUAGGUGAAAACAAUUGUUGAACUUUCUUUUUCUAGCCUUAGGAAAGGUGCGACUAUUGUCGCACCACUAUUUCCAGUGAUUAAUGUUGAAUUUCAAUGGAUGUUGGCUUUAUUUGUCUUAUUUAUUCAAUUACUGAUGGCAGUCGCGAUGAUUUUAACAGGAUAAUGUGACAGCAGUACUAUUAUUCGCCUUGAUGAAUUUAACUCUCGAGUAAUUCGGGAAAAUUUCUUGGGAAUUUUCAUUCUCAGUUGAAGAUCAAUUUUCUCUGCAUUUUAAAAUUAACGACGAGGGUGGGGGGAAGACUUAUCUGCUUUAUAUAAAUCCGUCAACGCUCACCGCUGUCUCCCGGAUGUACAUAAAACGAAAGUAAACCAAAAAAAAAUGUUUUUAAACAGUCGUUGACGCCCGAAACAUCUAAUCACAAUUUUUCUGUUCCCUGUGCAAUUGAAGCAAUUGGGAUAAUCGUACGUGUAUGAUUAACAAGCAAAAUUCAAUAUUCAACGAGCAAUGAAUUUGCUCGGGAAUGUAAACAACCAAUGAAUCAUCGUAAAUUUAAAUUGCAUACACGAACAUCAAGCUUAAUACCAAAGGUGCCCUAAGAAACGUGUAUUUAUGUUUUUAAUCAUCACUAUCACGUUUUAAUAUCGUGAUUUAACUUGUUAAAAAAAAAGAAUUAAAUUAAACUAGUGAUGGGAGGUAAAAUGAGAGCAAGAUUUUUUGAGUGAACAAAAUAAUCUAUAGAGAAGAGAGAAAAGUUAAUCGAGUGAGAGAUGAAAUUAAAGAGAAAAAAAAGAGUAACAAGUGAAAUUAAUUGUCCUUAGGCAAUGAAUGAGAGUAAAAGCAUUGUAAUAACAUUAUUAAACGAAUGUGAACAUAUCAUAGGUUUAAGGCGAUUUAUGGGGUGUAUCGAGGGUUGGAAAUAUUGAAAUUCAAAAAAUUUGAUGGGUGAAAACAACGGAAAAUACAAAAAAAUAACAGAACGUGUGGAGUGUGUUGCAGAGUUGGAGAAAAGUGAAAAUUGUAACUUAUUACUUUCAGUGUAUUUGUAAUAAGGGAGCGAGUAGGAGAGGUGUGCCCCGUGUACUAGAAUGACGGCCAACUCGGCACGUAAUUUGCCCAAGUGCCUUCCCGUUGGUCGAGUCAUGCUAACUGUACCGUAAGUCACGUCCCGUGUAACUGUCAAAUACCGUCACAGAGACCGGAUAAAUCCCCCGACCCAAUUUUUACAAACUCUUCAUUCUCCAGCUGAGAGAUAAAUCCCAUCAAUUUACUUUGGAAAAUCCUAUUUUUCAUUUCGAAUGAAUCCCCCCCCCCCCUCCCCCCUCUCCCAAGGUAUUUUCUGUCACAAAACAUUAAUACGAGGAACUAAUCACGAAAGAAGUUUAAUGUCAAAUUUUAAGAUCCUGAAAUAUUUUUUUUAGUUUCAGAAGAUUUCAAAGGAUUUAUGGAUUUAUAUUUCAUGUACUUUCAGAGGAGAAAAAAUUACUGAAAUGUGGAAAGAAUUUUGCGCCAUGAAUUGUCAGCCGAAAGAGAAUGGAAAAAUAUGAAGGAUAACUUUGAGAAUUUGUUCAUUCUCUAGGAAUUGAAGAGAACGAGUUGAAAGUGAUCUGAAAGGAACAAAUAAUUCUAAGAGGUGUUUGAAGUUGGGAGGUGGUGACAAGUGUGGGCGCCGCCAUUUUGGAUACCCCUUCCCUCUUCUGCAGGGGGCUUUCAAGAUGGCGGCGCCUCCACCUCGCAUUUUUAAACAUUCAUUAAGAGUUUUUAUUCUCUUCGGAUAAUUUUUAACUCAUGUCAUCUAGUUUCAAUAAAAGGAACAAAUUUUUCAAGCCAUCUUCCAGAUUUUUCGGAAUUUCAAGAGAUUUUGAAGAAUUUCAAAGACACUUUGAAAGACUUCACAUACUCAGGCCAAAAAAAAUCUGAAAUGUCGGAAAAACAAAAAGUUGAGAAAACCUAAAGAAUAGCUUGAAAAAAUUGUUCAUUCUCUAGGAGCUAGAGGUAACGAAUUGAAAGCGAUUCGAAGGGAACAAAUAAUUCUAAGAGAUGUUCAAAGUUGCGAGGUGGUGACAACUGUGGGCGCCGCCAUUUUGGACACCCCUUCCCUCUUCUGCAAGAGGCUUU